GAUAUAUAUCGAUACUGUCUAUGGCCGCGAAACAAGAUAGCCAUAGAGGGUGGAUAUUCGACAAAUGUCAUCGAUAGUAAUUCAACAUUCCAAGUGUGUUAACUUACAUAUUAAAUUAUUCAAAUAAAAUAUUUGAAAGUAAUUACAUACUCUACAAUCAUGAUUCGUUUUAUUUUAAUUCAAAACAGAGCUGGUAAAACUAGACUUGCCAAAUGGUAUAUGAAUUUCGAUGACGAUGAGAAACAAAAAUUGAUUGAAGAAGUUCAUGCAGUAGUUACUGUUAGAGAUGCCAAACAUACUAAUUUUGUAGAAUUUCGCAAUUUUAAGAUUGUCUAUAGACGAUAUGCAGGUUUAUAUUUCUGCAUUUGCGUGGACGUAAAUGAUAAUAAUCUUUGUUACUUAGAAGCAAUUCACAAUUUUGUAGAAGUUUUAAAUGAAUAUUUUCAUAAUGUAUGCGAAUUGGAUUUGGUGUUUAACUUUUACAAGGUGUAUACGGUGGUAGAUGAGAUGUUUCUAGCUGGUGAAAUUAGAGAAACCAGUCAAACUAAAGUGUUAAAGCAAUUAUUGAUGUUGAAUUCCUUAGAAUAAAUCUAUUUAUAAUGUAUCAUCCUAUGAUACUGAA